CCAACUCUCUAUUGCGCUACGCACAGCCGUGCGUUUAACCCAGGCGAGGAGGAGAAGGAGAAAAUUCCCCCAGAUCCGGGCAGGCCCCGCAACCCAUACCCCGUCCUGUUUUGAGAGGAGGAGGGAAGAGAAAUAAACGUAGCAGCGCAUACAAGGCCAGUGGGGAAGCUGGGAAACGGUGACCGGAGGGUCGCGCAAUUUGGAAAUGAUCCGGCCUAUUCACUUCCACCCUCAUUUUGCAGACAGUUACAUCGACUACCCCACCCCACUCCCUCCCUUCCCCCGACCCUCUGUCCUUUGCGGUGCCGGGAAAUGGGUGUGCUAGCCUCUUUGGGCGAGAUGGUGGGUUUGACGCUGUCUGGGUUUCACAAGAGGGGGAUACCCUGAGAGAAUCUUGUAUUAAACCGCCGUAUUAACAACCAGUCUGUUUUUUAGACACCUCUGGCUCACACCGCUCUUCACCCCCGUCUUUUCAUUCCUGGAAAAGGAGUUCGGGUACACAGGCAGGAGAAAUGGCGGUUAACGGGGGAUUGGGAGGGGAUGGUGGUGGAAGGAGGAGCCCAGAGCUGAGAAACGGUGGAAAAUCACGACCCUGAACGCGAAAAGACAGACAUUGGGGCCCCUGUUCUGCAAGCUAAAGCUAGGCUUGGGGGCUGCAGAGUGAAGGGCGGGUGAUCACAGGAGGGGACGCUAGAUUGUUCGGCAGUUAUCCUCGUCCCACGUCCCAUCCAGCUUUUUGCUGCACCCUCGCCCCGCCCCUCCGCCCCCGCUUCAUUGCAGGAGAAGGGGUGUGGCGGUGUGUCCCAGAGAAAUGGCGGACGGGGGCGGGGCAACAUGCAAGGAGGGGGUGUGUGCCUGAGGAGCCUGCGCAGGAGGGGGGAUUGGAAUGGGAGGGGAGGAGUGGGCAGAGUUGAGGGAAUUAAGAGGUGGAAUCGUUUGACAUUCGGGUAUGCGAAUUCUAAAAGGCAGUUGUUGGGCCUCUUGUACUGCGUGCAGAUCCAUUCAUCAGGCCCUCAGUCUCCGACUGAGAGUGUCUAUAUUUCUGCCCUUCAGUCUGUCCUUAGGAUGAAGCUUUAACUGAACUGAAGGAAGGAGAAACAGCCCUGAAUUCUGGGAGGUCUGUCAGUCUUUUGGGCCUGCGGAGCUGAGGGGAGGGAGGCCAGCAAACUACUUCUGAUCUCAGCAGGUUGGUCCUGCUCGGCUUGCAGCCUUGGCCGAACUUGGGAGCCUGAGCUGAAGAGUCUCACUCGCCAGGACGUGCACGCACCCCACUUGGGCAAGUCAGCUCUGCAUCCUGGAUCAGGGAAUCAGCCCAGCUGCACCAUGAGCCGCGUUCGCGAUGCUGGCUGUGUAGCCGCAGGGAUAGUGAUCGGGGCUGGUGCCUGGUACUGCGUAUACAAAUACGCCGGGGGAAGAGCCCAAACGAAAAAGAGACUGACCAAGCCGAAGACCAGGGCAGGGGCAGUGGCUGGGACAGGAGCCAGAGCUAGAGCUGGGUUAAGGGCUGGAUUCACAAUUGACCUUGGGCCCGAAUUCAGUCCUCCCGCUCCAGUCCAGGCUGGGGCGGAAAACAGGGCCCAGAAUGAAGCCUCUGCUCUGGACACGGCCGGAGCUGAGGCAGUGGUCCCAGCUGCAGCCAGUGCUGACGGUCAGAGUGGGGAAGGAAGUCAGGCCCAGGAGCCUGAUGGGGUAGGGGUUGAGACUAAGGCCGAAUCUGUAGUAGCGGCUGCAGAGGCUUCUGCAAUGGCAGCAUCCCUCGGGGCAGAGGCUACUGGGGCUGCAGAGACCACCGCAAUGUCAGAGGCUCCCAAAGUGGCAGAAGUCCCCGGGGCAGUGCCUCUGGGGACAGAAGAAGCUCCAGAAGUAACAGAGGCUCCAGGGGCUGUAGCUCCUACCCAGGCUGUGGAGGCUCGUGGCGCUGCAGGGCAUACUCGGGCAGCAGAAGCUCCCCGGGUGGUGGUUCCUACCGGUGCUGCAGAGGCUCCUGGGACAUCAGGGUCCUCUAGAACAGCAGCAGUUCCUGGAACAGCAGCUGUCAAGAGAGCUACUCCUGGGGCUCACACUGGGGCUAUACCUAAGUCUGGGUCAUCAACUGGAGCUGUACCCAAAGGUGGGGCCAAGGGUGGAACCAAGGCCCGAACUGGAGGCAAGGGUAAGGGCAAGAAAAGCAAAGUUGAAGUAGAUGAAUUGGGGAUAGGCUUCCGCCCUGGGGAUGGGGCUGCAGUAGCUGCUGCAGCCUCUGCUAAUGGGGGACAAGCUUUCCUAGCAGAGGUUCCUGAUUCUGAGGAAGGGGAGUCCGGGUGGACUGACACAGAGUCCGAUUCAGACUCUGAGCCUGAGACUCAGCACAGAGGGAAAGGUAAAAGAACCAUUCCCAUGCAGAAGCGCCCCUUUCCUUAUGAAAUUGAUGAGAUUCUGGGUGCCCGAGACCUCAGGAAAGUCCUUACCUUGCUUCAGAAGUCUGAUGAUCCUUUCAUCCAACAGGUAGCUUUGCUCACCCUGAGCAACAAUGCCAAUUAUUCAUGCAACCAAGACACAAUUCGCAAAUUGGGAGGCCUCCCGAUUAUUGCAAACAUGAUCAACAAAACUGAUCCCCACAUUAAGGAAAAAGCCUUAAUGGCCCUGAAUAACCUGAGUGAGAAUUAUGAAAAUCAGGGUCGUCUUCAGGUAUACAUGAAUAAAGUGAUGGAUGAUGUCAUGGCCUCUAACCUGAAUUCAGCAGUACAGGUAGUUGGACUAAAAUUUUUAACAAACAUGACUAUUACUAAUGACUACCAGCACCUGCUUGUUAAUUCCAUUGCAAACUUUUUCCGUUUGUUAUCUCAGGGAGGUGGAAAAAUCAAGGUUGAGAUUUUGAAAAUACUUUCAAAUUUUGCUGAAAAUCCAGAUAUGUUAAAAAAACUGCUCAGUACCCAAGUGCCGGCAUCAUUUAGUUCCCUCUAUAAUUCUUAUGUGGAAUCAGAAAUUCUUAUUAAUGCCCUUACUCUAUUUGAGAUCAUCUAUGACAAUCUCAGAGCAGAAGUAUUCAACUACAGAGAAUUCAAUAAAGGUUCCCUUUUUUUCUUAUGCACUGCAUCUGGAAUAUGUGUUAAGAAAAUUCGAGCCUUAGCAAAUCACCAUGACCUCCUGGUGAAAGUGAAAGUUAUAAAACUAGUGGACAAAUUCUGAUUGCCUAUCUAUGUGCCCCCAAAGAGCUUGAAGAAAUUUGGUUCUGCAGUCUGGAAGCAUUGAAAAUUGAAAGUUACUGCUUUUCCACUUUGCUCAUAUAGUAAAGGAAUCCUUUCAGCUGCCGGUUUUGAAUAAUGUAUCAUCCAGAAUGAUGUUAAUCGGUGAGUCUCCAGCUUUCAGCUGAACCAUUUUAUGAAUACCAAAUAGUCAUCUUGUACUGAAAACACAUUUGUGACUUUAAUCGUGCUGCUUGGAUGGGAAUACUUUUACUGGUUCCUCUAUGUGAAUUGAAAGUGAACAUGUCCAUCAUGAAUAGCCUACAUUUCUAUCAUUUGUUUUGACUUGAAUUUAUGCACCAAAGACUUCAUUUGUGUAUCAUCAAUAAAGUUAUAUGUUUCAACUGA